GGCACCUUCAAAGACAGCUCGAGCUUGGGUCCUAGCGUUGCAUAGAGACGCGUUGUUGUCGUGCAUGUUCAGUAAAUUUUCUGGACCCAAACCGAGAAUUUUCUUCACUAAAUAGCGAUGUGUUCGUCGAUAAUCCAACCGUGAAUUUAAACUAACUGUGGACGAGCCUUAAAUAUAUCUGCCUAGGAUUGUAAAGCAAUAUUGUUCCGCAGUGAUUAGCGGGGUUAGUUUGAUGGCUUGGGUUCAAGACACGCUUAUCUGCUAAUUAGCCAGCUAACGUAGUCAAAGCGAGAUUCGGACGAGCUAUAGGUUUAAAAACUAUACGUUUAACGUUUUUUUUUGCUCGUAAAGAUGAACUAAAUGAGUUGUUCGUGUGAUGCAGUAAAGCAGCAGCAGCAGCAGCGGCUGUCAUCAUCAUCAUCUAAUCCCGCGGGUUUAAGCGGCUCUGGUUAAACUGUUCUCGCGAUGGACGCACGAGGCGUCUCUGAUCUGGACCUGGACAAAUAUGACGCUGAUGAGCAGCUCAAGAUCAUCUGCCUCGGAGACAGCGCUGUGGGCAAAUCCAAGCUUAUGGAGCGAUUCCUUGUGGAUGGAUAUCGUCCUCAGCAGCUCUCCACAUACGCUCUGACUCUAUACAAAUACACCACCACCAUCAGUGGACAGACUGUCCUGGUUGAUUUCUGGGAUACUGCAGGACAGGAACGAUUUCGAAGCAUGCACCCGUCUUACUACCAUAAAGCACAUGCUUGUAUCAUGGUCUUUGAUGUCCAGAGGAAAAUUACGUAUAAGAAUCUCCCAAUUUGGUACAAAGAACUGCGAGAGUACCGGCCAGAGAUUCCCUGUCUAGUGGUCGCUAACAAGAUCGACGCUGACACGAAGGUCACCCAGAAGAAUUUCAACUUUGCUAAGAAACAAGGUCUGCCCUUCUACUUUGUAUCUGCUGCUGAUGGGACCAAUGUUGUCAAGGUGUUUAAAGAUGCCAUUCAGAUGGCUCUGUCCUACAAGAGGAGCUCCAACGACUUUAUGGAUGAAGUCAUGAGGGAGCUAGAGAACUUUGAUUUAGACCGUAAAGUAGAAUCAUCUGAUAAAGACGAGGAGACGCAAGAGGGCAAACCGGACUCGCCGUGAUCACGUCACACUCUG